AUGAAUAAUAAAAAAAAAAAUUCAAAAAACAAUUUUAAGCUAAAUGAUGAUUCUCCUUACAAUAGUUGUACAUCAAAUGGCUGGUCAGAAAGUUCUGGUUGUUCAUACUCUCAUUUUUAUGAAAUGUAUAAAAAAAAUAUGAAAAAAAAAAAAAAAAAGGAAAAAAAAGAGAAUGAAAAUUUCCAAUUGUCUCAAAUUUAUAGCAAUUAUAUCGACCCAAUUGAUUCAAAUUUCAAUAGCAAAACAAAAAGACAAAAUUUGACUCUUUUUAACAACAGUAUAAAUAAAUUCAUAAAAUCGAGGUCUGAAAAGUUUAAAAUAGAUGCAAAAGUAAAAGAAGAUAACUUUAAAAAAAUAACAUCCAGAAUAAAAAGAUACAUCAAAAAAAUGGACGAUCAGAAUUAUAAAAAGUAUCAAAAUGAAAAAAAUAAAUGGAUCAGAAAUGAAAACAAUACAAAUAAACUCAAGUCUAUAACGAAUAUUCAACAUAAACAAAUGCAAAAUUAUGUGAUUGAAAAUUCAAAAGUCUAUGCACAAGCAAAUAAUAUUAUAAAUGAGUAUGGAACUAGAAAAGAAAUAAUAACUCCAACUAAAUUAAACAAAAUAACAAAUUUGUUAACAUUUCUUAGAGAUAUGUCAUUGAGCGGUGAAGAUGAAACGAAUUGCUUUUUCAAUGCAUGCAUACAAAAAGAAUCGUCAAAAAAAUUAAAUACAGAAUCAUCAAGAAUGGUAGAAAGUUGUAUAUUUUGCUCAAAAUUUGAAAUUGUAGAAAAAAUAAAAAAGUUUGCAUUUAAUAAAAUAAAACCUAUAUGUGCACCAUGUUUUAUUAUAUUUUUAAAUUUAAUAAAAAUAAACUCAAUUAUUUGUAUUUAUUGUUUUAAAAUAUAUUUUCCUUAUAAAGAUACAAUCAGAUGUGCUAUAUGUAAAAGACAAGAUUCAAAAGUAAUAAAAAAAUAUGAUGAAAAUUUUAAAAACAAAUAUAAUAUUACAUCUAUUAAAAACGAAUUAAACAUUUUUAUAUCUUUAUAUAAUUACCAAUUUAGUGAUAAUAUAGAUACAGAUAUGUUUUUAAACUUUUUUAUCAAUAUAAAUUAUUGUUUUCAAGAUUUAUAUUCUUAUCUUUCCUCUCAUCAAGUUCUUGUUAUUUCUAAAAGUUGCAUCUAUGCAAAUUAUUCGAAACCCUUUGAGGAUUUAAUAGCAGAUUUAAAUAUGAUAAAAAAUAAAAAAGAAAUAAAAUUUGAUAAAAACAAUACUAUUAAUAAUUUUCCACGGAAAUAUCAAAUAGAAAAAAAAAAUUAUAUACAAUAUUUGCAUCAUACAAUAGAUAAAAUUAAGAAAUGGCAGAAUUAUGAAAUCUCUAAUUCCUAUUGUUUAAAAAAUAAAAAAAAAUGUAAAUUAAAUAAACUCGAAAAUGUUAUAAAGGAUUAUAUUACAAUUUUAAACAAGCCAAUGCGAAAAAAUAUGACCAAUUUGGUGCAAAAAAAAAAUCUCCAAAAAAAUGAGGAAAAUAGUAAAUUUAUCGAAGCAAAUUAUUUGGCUAGCCAAGGUGAGUGCGAAAAAAAAAAGGAAUUUAAUAAAAUCGAAGAAAAAUAUUUUUUACAUUUAAAACUUGGUGAAAUAAAAAAUCAGGAAAAAAUAGAACAAAUAAAAAGUAUACUUGAUGAAGAUAUUAUAAAAAAUAGAUGCAUAGAAAAACACAAUAAUAUUUUAAACAGUUUUGAAAAUGAUAACAAAAAAAAUAAAGAAAUUAAAAAUAAAGAAAAUAUAAACAUAAAUAGUGAUCAGGGAAAAAAAAAAAAUGUAGAUAAUAAAUUAAGUCUAAAUAAUUUGCAUUUAUUUGAAAAAGCAAAGGAGAAAGAAGACAAAAGAGAGGUAUUAUUGGAAAAGACAAGAAAUGAAAAUGAAGAAAAAGAAAUGAAAAACCCAAAUAUAUCACAAUAUAAUAAUUGCAAAAAUGAUAUUUCUAUUAAAGAAAACAACCAAAAUAAUGGAACUAAGUUGGAAUCAAUUGAGCUAAAAAAAACAAAUGCAAAUAUGGAAAAAAAAAAAAAAAUAUGCACAAAAGAAAAUAUACUAAAGUUUAAUAAAGAAAAUAAAAAUUCAUUUGAAGAUUUUAGUAAAACAAUUAUAGCUAGUUUACUUAAAUUAAAACACGAAAAAAUACAAUCUUCAUAUUAUCAUCUUAAAAAUGUGUCUAUUAAGAUAAACCAAAUCAAUUUUAAUAAAACAGUUCGAAAAUAUUAUUCUAAAGGUGUUUUUUUGUUAUAUUAUAUUAAAUAUGUACAGAAACAGAAGAAUACGAUCCAUCGAAUAUUUCAGAGUAUCCAGGGAGCAGAAAUCGAAGUCGAAAACUUCAAAAGGAAAUUCAGGAUAGACUAUGGAAAAGAUGCAAACAUAAAUGAGAUAAAUAAAAACAUAUACGAAAAAUAUAAAUUGUUAAAUCGAGGAAAAUUAUUGUUAGAAAACAAAAUAAAGAAUAUAGAAAACUGUUCAAGUAUAAAACAAAUUUAUCAAAUAAUUAACGAGUUUAGUGAUAUUUUAGAAUUGUCAUUAAAUAAGAAUAAAAAUGAAAGUGAACAUGUUGAAAAGAGAAAUCUAAAGACAGUAAAUAAAUAUUUGAAAAAAAUGAUAAAAGAAAAAAAAAGAAAAAAAAAUGAAUUAAACAAACUUGUAAAAAAAUAUGAAUGUUUUCAUGAUGAAUUAUUUUCAAUAAUACAAAUUUUAAAUCUUUUAUAUGGUAUUACCGAAAAUGGCAAAAAUGCAAAUUUAACAAAUUUUAACUCGGUUAGUAUAUUAAGAAAAAUUAAAAUGUUUUUAUAUACAAAAAAAAUUAAAAAAAUUAACGAAAAUUUAAAAAAAAAAUCAACAAAAAAAAUAACAAGAAAUUAUUCCACUUCAAAUAUAUCCUAUUCAGUACAACCACAUCAAAAGACAAACUUUAAACGUGUUUAUGAACCAAAUAAGGAUAGUGAAAAAUAUACCCCAAAAAUUAUAUGUGUAUUAGAUAUUAAAAAAAAAAAUUUAGAUAAGUUCUUAACAAAUAAUAAUCCAAUUAAAAUAAUAGAUAAAAACAAUUUAAUAUUUAUAAAAGAAUUAUAUUCAUUUUAUUCUAUAUAUAUAAAUAAAAUAUAUAUACAUGAUUUCAUGUCUAAUAUUAUAGAUAACUAUAUUACUCACUUUAUUAACAAAAAUAAUGUUACUAUAUUUAAUUUUUCUCUAAAUUAUUCAAGAAAUAAAAAAAAUGUAUUUUUAAAUUCAUUUAAAGAUUAUUUCCAUUGCAAUAAAAAUGGGGAAAGCUCAACAAAACGGAAUGACCGAUUUUCGAUUUUACAAAAUAACCCAGCAAAACAAAAUAUGCACAAAAAUAACUUAAUUAAAAAUGACAUAAUUAAAAGGGGCGAAAUGAAUGGUGGCCGCUUGGAUAUACCACUCGAUAUAAAAUGCAAAGAUAAUAAUUUGAAGAAAAAUAUAACACUUAUAAAAAUUAUAAAUGAAAUAAAAAAAAAACUAAACGAAAAAUAUUCAUAUGAAAAUUACAACUUAAAAUUAAAUAUAUAUGCUCAGAAAAACAAAGCACUCUAUAAUAUUAACAAGUGUGUUUUUUUUAAACAAAAUAGAGUUGUUUCUUCAGAAGAUGAAAACAAGAAUAAUAUAAAAAAAUAUAGAAUUAAAAUAAAUUUAAAAAAUAAAAAAAAAAUGAAAGAAAAUAAUAUUUAUUAUGUCGACGAGAAAAAAAGACGAAAAAGUAGUGAUGAGGUUAAAAACAAAUUGAAAGAUGAAAUACACAAAAAAGAAAACUAUAAAAUAGAAUAUUUAAAUUGUGUAAAUUUAAAGAAAAUUAAGAAUAUCAAUAAACAUAUAAAUUAUAAAAAUAUAAAUAAGUUUAAAAAAUAUUCUAUCAUUUUUGUAAUAAAAUUAGAAUUAUUACUACCUUGUGAAAAUCAUAUUUGUAUCAAAAAAAAAAAAAAAAAAAAACUAAAAAGAAAAAAGGAAAUAUUUCAUUUUACACUUGUUGAUAUAACUAUACCUAUUUUUGAUAUAAUGAAAAAAAAAAAUCAAACUGCUAUUAAUUAUUUUCUUGAAUUUAAAAAUAAACAAAACUUCGAAAGCAUAUUUAUCAACUACAUUCAGGCUCAACUUUUUAAUACACAAAAUUCUAUUUAUCAUUCUUAUAAAACUAUUCAAUUUUUAUUACAAACAAAUCCACAUAUUUGUUUUCUUUUGUAUAUAAGGGACGAUUUUUUCCUUUCCAAUUACCACAAUUUAUAUUCUAUAUCGAAUGAAGAAAAUGCCCCAAAUGACCAGAGUGGAAAUAAGAGUAAUAAUAAUGAAAUAAUUAAUCCAAAAAAAACACAAACAAAUCAAAACACAAUUAUAAAACUCUUGUAUAUUUAUUAUUGGUGUAUCAUGUGUGAAGGGAAGGGUCAUGGUGUGCCUUCUUCCUGA